CGACAAUCUAUUCGCAACAAAUCUUGUACAAGACGUUGCAUCUAAGUAGAGAGAAUUUACUUUAACCUGCAGCAUCAUCUGUCUUUCAGAUUUAUAUAUUUCGCUUGUGUGAGAUAUUGAGCGGUUUGAUUGUCUGUAUUACACCUAUAAGUAAAUCGUCUUAUCCUGCCUCAGAACUGUUUGUUCCUACCGCUAGGGGGCAAGUCGAGGUUUCAAAUAACCUAUAAUCUACUUUAUUCUCGAUUAGUUUUAAGAUUUUUUUUAAAAUUCUAAACAGUUAUGUGGAAAGCAGUCUCUAAUUAACUACGGCCACAGUAUAACUACAAAACUAUAAGUGAAUCCUGCACGUAAUAUGAAAAAAAUUAAACAUUGUCAUUAAGUGCAGGAAAAAAUGGUAUAUUGAAUUCAAACGGAGGAUAAAUUUGACCCAUCUGUACAGGCCGCAUGUUUAUAAUUUGAAUUAAAUGUUUAUUUCUGAAGAUAAAACCUAUUUAAGUGAAUGCCCGCACAGCAAAUAUAUCGAUUCACGCUAGACCAAGUUACAAAACAGAAAGGCUAUAGAACUCAAAUACUUUUUUAUUUAUUACAAGUGUGUGUGUGUUAAACCAAUAAAUACUAGCAAGUCUCUAGUUUUAUAAAUACAUUUCAUUAGGCUUAUGUGUUUGAAUGUGUCAUAUGCAUAUAUUCAGUUAAACAAUUCGAGUGUGAUAUUUAAUUUACUUAGUGAAACACCCACUGAAACAGUCGUUAACCAGACUGCACAAGAUACCAAAUUCACUUGACCUCCAAGUCGAAACCGUCAAGAUAAAAUAGACACGGUCAAGCACCUGAGCGCUGAGAAAGACACGAAUGACACGACGAGGGAGGAAAAACUAGAAGGUGAUAAAGGCUGGAAAAACAGCACAAACGACUGUUGGGGGGAUCUGCUGUAAGACGGAGCCGGAGAAGAAGAGCGCAGGGUGACAGCAGCAGCCGCCAGAAGGCUCGCACAUGUCGGCACGUUUGAACUCCGCAUCCCCGCCCUGCGUGGAUCGUCCGCUCAUUUCCAAAUAGCACGAAAUACGGCACAAAAAGGACAUAUUAUCGAAUGACAGACCAUCGAGAAGAAGAGGUCGGAUGAAAUUGGUGAAAUUUUGUAGUUAAUAGUUUAUUUUUUGUUACAUAUACCGGUGACAAUUGGGUUUAAAAUGAUUUUAUUAGAUUUGCUUUUGCAGAUUGAUGUAUAUUCGUUAUAAUACUAGUUGAAUAAUUGCAACACAUUUAUUUUAUUCGUUUUGUGUGUGGAUCUAUUUAUUUAUGUCAUAAAUAUAUAAAUAAAUACCAAAUUUAGGCCGGUGACUUACUGAUGACGCCAAUACGGCAACGAGAUUGUAGUAGACGAAUACAUAUGAUGAAUUUGAUCUCUAUAUAGAGAUAUAAAUAUAUAGAUAUAUACGUAUAUAUCUGUGUCUAUCUGUAUUUACGUGUUUAUAUUUUAAAUGAACCCAUUUUCCGGGUAUUAAGACGCGUUCAGACGGCUAAUCGCCGUGGACACCUACAUUGCUCUCGCAAUCUUUAACCUACCUAGCGAUCCACUACACGUAAUCCUUUCAUUUCUCUACCAAUGAAUUUCUACGAACAAUCUAAUCGCCAUUAAACAUUUCAAUACUUUGUAAAGGUCAUCCGUUUUAAUGAAUUAGUUUAUUAGUUAAACCACAGCAGCUGCCUUUUUUUACUGCUUCCAUCAUCCACGGAACAUCCCUCCUCCUGAGUACCAAUACUACUGCAACGAUGGACACCACAAAGCUGCCUCCGUCCAGCCCCUCUUCGCCGACCACCGGCUUCUCCGUGCCGAGCGCGGAGAAGGUGGAUGGCUUCCCCCGCCGGUCGAUGCGCCGAGCGCGGCAGCGCCGCUCUCAUAGCUCGUCGCAGUUCCGAUAUCAGAGCUCCCAGGUCGAGCUGACGGCGCUACCAUUACUUAAAGAUGCUCCUGUGGCAGAGCUGCACGAUCUCUUCUGCAAGAAGCUGCAGCAGUGCUGCGUGCUUUUCGACUUCUUGGACUGCGUGGCCGACCUGAAGGGCAAGGAGGUCAAACGGGCAGCGCUCAACGAGCUGGUGGAAUGCGUGGCUACUGGCCGGGGGGUGCUGAUCGAGCCUCUGUAUCCCGAGGCCAUCAAGAUGAUUUCGGUGAACAUUUUCCGCACGUUACCACCCAGCGAGAAUCCCGAGUUUGACCCGGAGGAGGAUGAGCCGACCCUGGAGGCCUCCUGGCCGCACCUGCAGCUGGUGUAUGAGUUUUUUCUGCGCUUCCUUGAGUGCCCAGACUUCCAGCCCUCUGUGGCCAAACGCUACGUGGACCAGAAAUUCGUCCUGCAGCUACUGGAGCUGUUUGACAGCGAGGACCCGCGGGAGAGGGAGUACUUGAAGACCAUCCUGCACCGCGUCUACGGCAAGCUACUGGGUCUGCGGGCCUACAUCCGCAAACAGAUCAACAACAUCUUCCUCAGGUUCAUUUACGAGACUGAGCACUUCAACGGCGUGGCAGAGCUUCUGGAGAUACUGGGAAGCAUCAUCAACGGCUUCGCCCUGCCUCUCAAGUCAGAACACAAGCAGUUCCUGGUGCGGGUGCUGAUCCCUCUGCACACGGCCAAGUCCCUCUCCAUCUUCCACGCGCAGCUGGCGUACUGUGUCGUCCAGUUCAUGGAGAAGGACGCCACCGUCACGGAAUACAUAAUCCGCGGUUUGCUGAAAUACUGGCCGAAGACUUGCACCCAAAAAGAGGUGAUGUUCUUGGGAGAGAUGGAAGAGAUCCUGGAUGUUAUCGAACCCUCGCAGUUCAUCCGGGUCCAGGAGCCACUCUUCAAGCAGAUUGCCGCCUGCAUCUCCAGCCCACACUUCCAGGUCGCAGAGCGGGCUCUGUAUUUCUGGAACAAUGAGUACAUCCUGAGUCUGAUCGAGGAGAACUGCCAGGUGAUCCUGCCUCUGGUCUUCGCUACACUGUACAGAGUCUCCAAAGAGCACUGGAACCAGACGAUCGUGUCUCUCAUUUACAAUGUGCUGAAGACCUUCAUGGAAAUGAACAGCAAGCUUUUUGAUGAGCUCACUGCCUCUUACAAAGUGGAGAAACAGAAGGAGCUGAAGCGGGAGCGGGAGCGGGCCGAGCUUUGGCGUUCUCUGGAGGAGCAGCAGGAGAGGAGGCUGAUCAGCAUGCGGGAGGCCUGUCACAAUCAGAGGAACCUACAGGAGCGACCCAGCCCACCCCAGCAGGACACUGCACCCAGCAGCAACAGCGCCACCUAGGGCCAGAGCUGUACUCUCACAUAGGAAUUUCCCUCCAAACACUGCUCACCACAGGGCUUAGCCUCAGAACAGCAUGACUACAUUUAGUCUCCCACACACACACACACACACACAGAAAUGAUGCCGCACAAACUCACACAAACAUAGAUAUGCACAGACAUCCAAUCAGAUCUACACACAAAUGUACACAUAAUUAAGCAUAUGAACAAAAUGUUUAAUACUGAUACAAGCCUUCAGUUACACUAUUGAAUUACUUCAUAUUCGUGCAACUGUCCCAAGCAUUCCAUCACUGGAAGCUCAUGCCCUCAGACACUGAGAAACCCAGGCCUAACGAAACUCGAGAGGCGUGCAUGUUGGAAAACGACAGACACCUCAACUGACACGCAGACACACAGGUACAACGAAACUGGUACUGAACAUCAGGACGGAUUCCAGUUAAUCUUGGAUCCAGCAAAGGCCCCGUUUAAGAACCACCAAAAGUUAGCAUUUCCUUUAUCCAGAAAAAGGAGAAUGAUGGAUGGUAAUGAUGAUGAAGAAAUGAUCAAAUAAUACAAUUCAUACUCCUACUUCUAAUAUUACUAGUUUUUAUAUAUCUAUGAAUAGAGUAUGACCAUAUGACCAAGGAACACGUGGUGCGACUGGUGCAGUCAUAUGCUGCUAGACUGAAAUUACUCUAAUGUACGAAUGAUUUAUUGUAGUUCCGUCAUAUUCGCAGAUGUGAUGAGAAAACAUUAUUUCAGCAAUAUUCGUUUUCAUCACAUCAAGGUUUUUCGCAGUGGGUGGAAAUGGGCGAGCGCGAGGACUCUGUCCUGUCGUCUAGUACGUCUGUCUACAUUCAUUUAAUGCUGAAACCGUUCGGGUGCAUAUUUUGUUUUUUGUUUUUUUUUUUUUAAUCUUGAAUUUCAUAUUUUCGCCUUAUUGUUUCUGUUUUGUUAUUUUAAAUUUGUGGCCCUUGAGGAGAAGGAGGGUUGUCAGUGUUUGUAUGUGCAUUUGCACAAUUAGUUGUGCCCACACACUAGUGUGCAUGAUUUGUUUAUAUAUUGGAGGUGGAAGUAUGAAAGAGUUUAUUCGUGUGUUUGUGUGCGUGCGUGUAUUUGGGGGAUAGUGAGAAGGCAUGCUGAUUAAAGACAGAGUGAAGUGGAACAUUGGAAGACUGUGGGAGUGGGGGGAGGGUGUGUCGGUGUCACUGUGGUGCCCCCAGACUCGUACUUUCAGAGACCACAGUUGGAAUCAUAGCACUACGAUUGUCCUUUGAGCUUCUUGAAAACUGUAGCUGCUAGUAGCUGGUUUCCAGUACCAAACCACCAUUCUUCAACAUCUCUGACCUGCGUUCCUGUUCACUUUGCAUCUCGUACACACGCCCUUCUCCGUUUGGGUCAAACUGCUGGAAUGAUGACUAUUCACUUAUAGACUAGAAGUAAUUGUAAUCAGCUCAGAGACAGCAAUAAUACGGGACUCUACCAAAACAUGGAGGUACCAAUAGCGUAACAGACCCAGAGAUUAACACUCCUCUGGAUUCUUCAUUGCCUUGCAACAUGGCUUGGUAUUUCGGGGACAAUCAGCAUUGAAUGAAUGCGUCAAAAGGUGACUUAAUUAGGACAAAUAUUUAUUAUUGAAUAUAUUGAGAAAUGACUGGAAUGCUCUUUUUUUUGUAUGUUACUUUUUGUUGGCCAGAAUUCACAUACAGACACUCAGGGUCAGAUUGGCACAUAUGCAUGUUCCGAUUUAUUCAGAAAGUGGUAGGAAAUCUUAGUCGGGAGUGAUUUCAGUAUCACUUUUAUUUACCUGCUGUAGAUGGACUAGUUUUCUUCUGUACUGAACUAGACAGUGAGUUGUGUAUAUAGACUAAUGCCAGAUAGCCUGCUUUUGUACGGUUUGGGACCAGUAUAUAGAACUGUGUGUGGGCUGGGGGGGGGGGGGUAGGUUUGGGGUUUUAAAGCAAUGACAGAGAAACUGACCGGCACUUAAGAUGGCACCCGUGUGUUUAAACUGGACAGUGAAGUCACAUAGUGUAUCUUUACUGGUUUUCUCAGCAGUUCCACAUUUGCUCUAAUUUUGUUUGUUGUAAACAAACUGCAUAUUCUGGUGAUUUCCUUCCCUGUAUGUGUACCAACAUCCGUCCCAAAGUUUUGCUUUUUGAUGCUGUUGCUCAUUCGGUGUAAAGGGGACCCCACUGUUUGCUGUGGUCACAUUCAGUCUGCUUCUUACAUAAUUUGUUUCCAUUGAGCUUUUAAUACUUUUGUCAGAUUGACAUAAAUGAGGAUUACCCAAAAUGCACUUGGGAUUCUAGUGAUGCUAUUGGCCGUGUUCAACAAGCAUAUUGGAACGCUUACUGGUUCAGCCAGGCCUGGUACAAAGAACGACUCGCAGCGUACAAAUAAAUAAUAGAAGAUACAUGUGUAAUGAUACAGUAAAAAGUAUGGCAUUUCACAUAUUUAUGUCAGUUACUCAUUGUACACAGCUGUUCAUGUUGUAUCGUAAGAGUGCAUUUCUUCCCAAAAGGCUAAAUUUGAAAAGCUGUCAGACGAUUUUAUUAAACCCCUCAGUCAACACUGAUUUUUAUGAGGUCAUGUGAGCUAAAUAAAUAUAUAAAUAAAUAGAAAACAGCGAACACAGUGGGUCCCCACAACUACUGUGAAUCAUCGGUGUGUAUAAGGUUGGAGAUGCUGAACGUACUCCAUCCACACAUACAGUUACAAGCUCAAAGUCUGAUCAAAGGCAAAAUGUGUCAGAAUGACACCGACGGAGGAGAUGAGGAGGAUGUGGACAACGCAGGGCCACGGACUGGAGGUCUGGGACCUGCUGGGUGCCGUGACUAAUUGACACGAAUGUCAAAUAUUUAUAGUGCUGGGGUGGGGAUUUAAUAUGGUCCCCCCCCCCCGAUCGUAUGAACAUGGUUUGUUUUCUGACAGAAACCCAAACCCAUCUCUUCUCUGCAUCUUCAUAUUCUCAUUCUGCACCAUGAGCUACUUCUGACCACGAGUUGCACUGAGUUGCCAUGAGUUACACUGACAACAUCUCCAAUAAAUUACUUGGCACUAUUUUUAAAGCGCAACAUUUAUUUUACCGACUGGGUUCUAGUUGAACUGAAGGUCUUGGGUUCCAGCUGCUUGUUGACAGGCAAUGUGCUGUCCACAAAAACUCAAGCUUCCACAUAUCCUCCUUUCUUUAUAGCCUCUUACUCUAUUUUUCUUUAUCUUCCUUCAUUUUUUUUACUGACUCAUCUAUUGUUUCAUUAUUUACAUAGUUUGUAGUUUGACAUAACGCUUCAAAUAAUGUUACCCUGGGAGACUAGAGCUCUUUGACACAUAUUUAUGUAGCUUUUUUUCUUAGAGCGAUAUAACUAUCUUGCUUAAACGAACUAAAGCCGUACCACACUUGAUGUAAAAACCAGUAUCUUGAGGCCCAGAGAAGAAACUUUUAUAGGGGUGUCCAAUAUCACAUUGUCUUUCCUGGAGUUUUACUCCAACUGUCCUGUCUUCGUCUUAUUUCAUCUUUGAUUCUCUCUGCUGCUUGCCUUUUUCUUUUAUCUCUUCCAGAAGCAAAAUGUAUGAAUGACCAAAACGAAAAGUACGGAUAAAUUAAAGGAAAAUCAUUUGCUCUGACUAGAUGAGCGACAGCAGCACCUUGCUUUUGGUGCCUGUAGUGGAACACAACCUCUUCGGCUUCGUUAUAUUUGUUUUUCUACACUAAAACCUCGUCCAAACAAAAGCUUCUGUAACUAGAUAUAACAUGUUUUAGCUACAAUUUCUGGCGGAAAAAAAAAUAAAAACCGAGAGAACGAAGAAUGUUUUAUUUAACGAAGAAACAAUAAAAGUUGUCAAUUAAAAUAAAAAGGAAUGUUCUUUUUAAGAA